UCAUGCCGGAACCCACCAAACCCGCCUCCCCCCGGCCACGCCGCGGCCGCUGCCGCCUCUGCGCCCUCUGCCUCGGCUCCGCCCUCCUCGCCAUCGUCGUCUCCGCACUCGUCCACCUCCUCUCCUCCUCCCCAACGCAUCCCGCCCCCUCCCCGCGCUUCUCCGUAAUCAUAGACGGCGGCAGCACCGGCAGCAGGGCCCACGUCUUCGCCACAGGGCCCGACGGCCGCCCGGAUCUGGCGCGCUCCGUGGUGAUGCGCGUCUCCCCGGGGCUCUCCUCCUUCGCCGCCGACACGGCCCGCGCCGGGGAAUCGCUCCGACCGCUCUUGGAGUUCGCCAGGGAGAAGGUAGGGGGCGAGGGCGGCGCUGCGGCAACGGAGGUGCGGCUGAUGGCCACCGCCGGGCUGAGGCUGCUGGAGGAGAGCGUCCAGGGGGCGAUAUUGGCGUCCUGCAGGGACGUGCUCCGGGCCUCCGGCUUCCGGUUCGAGGACUCAUGGGCCAAGGUGAUCCCAGGUUCUGACGAAGGUGUCUAUGCUUGGGUUGCGGCAAACUAUGCUCUGGGUACACUUGGAGGGGAUCCUCACAAAACGAUUGGAAUAAUUGAACUUGGGGGUGCUUCAGCUCAGCUGACUUUUGUUUCUGAUGAAGUACUUCCUCCGGAACUAUCAACUAAUUUUACCUUUGGUGAAACAGCAUAUACUCUUUAUACCAACAGCUUUCUUAACUUUGGACAGAAUGCAGCGCAAGACUCAUUCCUUGAAAUAGUGAGGUCAAGAGGAUCUUCCAAAAAUGGUACGCUUGUUGAUCCAUGUGCUCCUAAAGGAUAUUCUCACAAAAGAAGAGUAACGGUGAAGACAAGCGGUGCUUCACGGUCAAAUUUAGAGAAUCAAUAUAUUGAUAAUGGAAGCGGAAACUUUAAAGAAUGUAGAUCUUCUUCAUUAAUGAUAAUGCAAGAAGGAAAGGAAAACUGCCAGUAUCAGCAAUGCCACUUGGGAUCUACUUUUGUACCUGAGCUACGUGGACAUUUCCUGGCAACUGAAAAUUUCUACUUUACAUCAAAGUUCUUUGGACUAGAGCAGUCUUCAUCACUAUCUGAUUUUACGCUUGCUGGAGAGCAAGUUUGCAACAAGGACUUGUCAACACUGAGACAAGAAUAUCUCAAUCAUUCAGAUGAAGAUUUCUCACGGUAUUGCUUCUCAUCAGCGUACAUUGUAGCUCUACUUCACGACGGUCUUGGUGUACCACUGGAUGACAAGAGGAUCGAGUAUUCAAAUCAGGUAGGAGACACUCAGGUUGAAUGGGCCCUAGGAGCGUUCAUUACGAACACGAGAAGUACAAUUCUAGGGCCGUCAGGUGCCCCUGCAAGAAGGGUACAUAGCCAUAUACCCCUGCUUGUUGUGCUGGGAGGAUUGUUUGCUUGCGGAGUAUUUUUGGUGUUGAGAUGGAAGAAGCCCAAGACAAAGAUUAUAUAUGAUCUAGAGAAAGGCAGAUACAUUAUAACACGCAUCAGCUGAUGCUGGCUUUUGUGCAGAGGAGCCAUAAAUAUAGUAGUAUUGGACAGGAAUAGAUGUUGUUUUGUACCAGAAUGUACGAGUUCCAUUCUUUGUAUUCUUGCUCUUAGGUAAGAGAGCUGGGUGGUGGGUAGCAGACCUGUAUGUAGCAUGUGUAGGAACACUUGUAGAACAAUUUUUUAUUUAUUAACCAUAUCUGCUUGAUAAUUAAGUAAACAUCGAUCUUCGUUCA